AUGGGCUACCUCUCCACCAUCGCAGGCUACGCCAUCCUCAUUGGCUUUGGCUACGCCAUCUACCAAUUAUCUCAAGGCCAGAGAGCUCGAAAUCAACCACGGGCUCAAAUCAAGCCGGCCAAGAGCUCGCAGGCGGAGACUCGCAAGGAGGACCGCAAGAAGAAGCAGCGCCAGGAGGCCUUCGCAUCAGAGGCACAGGAGACUUCCAAGAAACCCAAGGCUGAACCAGAGACCAGUGCUUGGACGAGUAAUGCUAAGGACAAGGACGACAAUGUUGACAACCGCGAAUUUGCGCGACAACUGGCAAAGGCCAAGGAGGGCACCAAGUUUGCAGCCAAAUCUGAUGCUGGCAAGCAGCGAGAGAAGUCUGUCAAGCAAUCUCGCGCCAACAAGGUGGCCGGUGCCGCCGAGGAGAAGGAGUCGGCUCCUUCAUCUACUACUGGUGCCGACGCCGACGAUGAUCAGUCUUCUGUAACCUCGCCUGAGGUCGGACCCGCCGUCGCAGUCGCAGGCGAUGUCUCCGACAUGCUCGAAGCCGCUCCGGCUCGCACAACCGUUCUUCGUCUGACCGACACCGAACCCAAAAAGCAGAACAAGAAGACACCCAAGGCCGAGGCUCCUGUUGAGACCAAGAAGCAGCGCCAGAACCGUAAGAAGGCCGAGGCGGCCAAGGCUGCUCGUGAGGAGUCUGAGAAGGAGCGAAAGGUUCUCGAGGAGAAGCAACGCCGCGCCGCUCGCAUUGCCGAGAACCGUACCGCUAAGGACGGCUCCCAGUUCACUGCUGCCCAGAACAAGUCAUCAGCUUGGAAGGAGGGAGCUCCCAAGGCCCCCGAAGCUGCCCAGACGAAUGGCUUUCAUCAGCCCCUCGACACAUACGAGAAAGCCCCUGCUUCUGCAGUCAAUGCCCCCAAGAGCACUGACAGCAAGUGGAUCAAGUCUCUACCUUCUGAAGAGGAACAGAUUCAGCUCCUCCAGAACGACGAUGACUGGAGCACUGUCAAGACUAAGUCUAAGAAGGGUGCUAAGAAUGCUACUUCAGCUGGAUCUGGCGACGAGGCUGCGGCCCGCCCCGCCGUCCAGCCCAAGCAACCCACAGGACCCAACAAGGCUUCUCAGCCUUCCCAGUCAUUUGGAUCUUUCUCUGCAUUGACCAGUAAGGACGACGCUGCUGAGGAAGAGCAGGAGGAAGAGUGGGAUGUUUAA